CGCAAGCGCUGUAGCCCGUGUGGGGAUGGCUGUUGGUGAGCGGUGGGUUGGGCCCGGUUGACAGCGAGCGGAGCGUAGUGAGUUUUUAAUGUCCGCCAUGUUUGCCAUGGCGUACUGAGCCACGGAUAGACAGCGAAGCAACUGGGAAAAUAGACCGAUAGAGAGCGACCGAGAUCCGGGCCUUCCCGGCUCUGUUCGCCUCGCCGUAUUUUAUCUAUAGCCACUGGUACCACAGACUCCAGGAUACCGACACAGAAUUAUCCAUGAGAACUCAAAUCAGAACAGUGUUAACGUUAUAUUUUAGGAGAUCGGAUAUAUUUAUGCUGUAUCUCGAAAUAUAAAAAUGAGCAAAUUGUCGUUUCGGGCACGGGCGCUGGAUGCUUCCAAGCCACUACCCGUCUUCCGUUGCGAGGACCUACCCGACCUGCACGAAUAUGCUUCUAUUAACCGGGCAGUGCCACAGAUGCCGACGGGGAUGGAAAAAGAGGAGGAAUCGGAGCACCAUCUCCAGAGGGCCAUCUCUGCGCAGCAGGUAUUCGGGGAGAAGAAGGACACCAUGGUCAUCCCGGUGCCCGAGGCCGAGAGCGACAUCGGCUACUACGACUCUCUGUACGCGGGCGAGUUCCGCAUGCCCAAACAGCUCAUCCACAUCCAGCCCUUCAGUUUGGAGCCAGAGCACCCAGACUAUGACCUGGACGGUGAUGACGAGGCGUGUCUGCUGCAGGUGCAGAAGAGGCUGCAGGUUGGAGCGCUGCAGUUUGAGGACAUGAUGGAGAAACUGGAGAAGGGCAGUGGACAGCAGCUGGUGACUCUACAGGAAGCCAGGCUCCUGCUGAAAGAGGACGAUGAACUCAUCCAGGAAGUGUUUGAGUACUGGAGCAGGAAAAGGCGGAGCUGCAAGAAGCCUUCUCUCAUCCCAUUGGUCAAGCAGGAGAAGAGGGACGGGUCCAGCACCAGCGACCCGUACGUGGCCUUCAGACGCCGCACCGAGAAGAUGCAGACACGCAAGAACCGUAAGAAUGACGAGGUGUCGUAUGAGAAGAUGCUGAAGCUGAGGAGAGACCUGAGUCGUGCCGUGUCCAUCCUGGAGAUGAUUAAGAGGCGCGAGAGCAACAAGAGAGACCUGCUGCAGCUCACUCUGGAGAUCGUAGAGAAGAGGAAUGGGAUGACUGAUUUUGGAGGAGACAUCAUGGCUGAAGCGGAGGCCCAGAGAGCGCAGAUGAAGCCGGUCUACACACUCCCCCUGCUCCCCCUGACCAAUACCACACAACACCGAGACUACAGGAGCAAGGAGAAGGUGGAAGUUGUCCGUCAGAAGCGGAAAUAUGAGAAGAAGAAGCAGAAGGUUCUACCAGGCCCUGCCCAGCACCCAGGCCCCGCCCUCUUCAACGCAAAAGACUUAAACCAGUAUGACUUCCCCAGCUCAGACGAUGAGCAGAUAUUCUCUGGUUCUUCAGAGGCGGAAGAGGAGAAUGAUCCUGAUGGUGUGUUUGCAUUCCGACGGCGAGCGGGCUGUCAGUAUCACACUCCUCUCCCUCGAUUGGGUGGCUGGCCGUGGGCGGGUGCUAGUGAAGGGGGGCGGGGCCAGUCUCGUUACCGCUAUUCCCUCACCACUCUCACAUCACCGCGGCGAUGCCUCAGGGUGUGCAUAAGGGCUUGCAUCACACCACCACCCCCUCGGUGGCUGGCUCCCCCACCCCUGGCCAGUGGGCCUGGUCUUGUGCACGCCAGCAUCUCCCGCGACAGCUGGAAGCCCCCUCCCGGCCCAGGCAUUUGCCUCAGACUCAAACUGGCUGCCAGCCCGUGGCUGCUUGAUCAAAAGCCCGCGACAACGGCUGCCAUGGAGCUUGACCCCAGGGAAAACCACGAUCAAGACAAACCAGCACUCAACAGCCGAACAGACAGUACAGUGGCCAUGGAGGUUACGUAGGCCUCCUGAAGAGACUCAAAUACUCACACACACACACUCAUUCUCUCUCACACACACACACACACACUCAUUCUCACACACACACACACUCUCUGGCCGCCUCUGGGUCAGGGUAACCCCUCCUGGUGCUGUGCAUCGUAGCAACGCCAUGUUUCCAUGGCAACUAUCGGGACUUGACUGCAAUGCUCCUGUGUCAUGCUCUUGUUUUUUUAUGGUGUGUGUGUGUGUGAGGCCCAUCCUGCACCCGUGUGUAUAUAACAUUACUUGAACACACUUGUCUGUUAGUUUAUUUGUGAUAUUUUGCACUGGGGGGAUCAGGGAGAGUAUUAAUGUGUAACUGUGUGUAUGUGGGUGCUCUUGUAUGACUGUGUGUGUGUGUGUUACUGCAGAGCCUGCUGUGUUAUAUAUUUAUUGUGUCGUGUUUACAGAAGCCUUUUCCUGUGUGUGUGUUUGUGUGUGUGUAAGAUUUACUGAGCCAAACCGUAAUUAUUCAUCUCUCCCUUUGUUCUCCCCCUCUCUUCCUCUCUAUCCCUCUCUUCCUCUCUAUCCCUCUCUUUCUCUUCUCCCCCUCUCUUUCUCUUCUCCCCCUCUCUUCCUCUCUAUCCCCCUCUUCCUCUCUC